AGAAAUGGACAUUGCAUAAGGACAACGGUCAUAGGUGGGGGCUAUGACAACGAAUGUCUCCGAGUCUUACAACGGUUUAUUGAAGAAAGCUCGUGGACUGCCCGUUACUGCCAUGGUCCGUUAUACGUUUAAAAAUCUUGUUGAUCGGUUUGUUGAGAGAAGCACCCUUGCUGAUUUGUUGAUUGCGGAUAAAAAGUUUUGGCCGCGUGCUGUUGAAAAGAAGUUUGAUGAAUACUGGGAGAGGUCCCUAAAGCAUACUGACAUGCAGCAAUACAAUGCAACUGAAGGGGAAAAGUGUUCGUGUGGGAAAUGGAGAAACUACCAUAUGCCAUGUUCACAUGCAAUUAAAUUUUGUGAUAUCCGCGGAAUUCAACCAAAGGACUAUGUUAGCAAGUACUACAGUUGCAGGUUUUACAAGCAAACGUACAGUGAAAAUUUUUCACCGUUGGGUGAUGAGGCAUAUUGGCCACCUUCUCCCUUCAGUUUAAUUGCAAACACCGAAUACGAGCGAACUUCGAGAACGCGGACUACAACUAGAAGGAGGAAUGAAAUGGAUAUAGCUCCUGCUCGUAUGGCUAGAAAGUGUAGGCCCGACAAAACUAGAUUGUCGGAAAAUCCUACUUUGAAGGUAAAACGCUCCCUACUCAAGACAACUCCAGUUAAAGAGCUUGAACCCGAAGCUUGUUUUUUCAUUCACAGGACUCAAACCCAAAAACUAGAGGUGUUGAAGUAG